AUGUCCUCCUGGGAAAGGGUCCUAUGGAGGCAACAGCCCUACCCUGACAACUAUGUCCCACCUUCAUUUCUAUCCUCUCUGAGCAAGAAUCCCAACUUCACACCAUAUACCUACUGGCCCCUGGUGCUCGGCUCGUGUGCUAUCACUCAACAUCUAUCGACCAUCUUCAUCUUCCUGUCUACGUUUGUGCGUCUUCUCGAUCAAUCAUUCGACCCGCGGCUCCUCGUCACAACGUCCGCGGCCAUGUUUGUGGCGGGUUAUAUCAUAUGGGAGAUACUAGAUUAUUAUCGAGGGAUGAACCUUCAUUCGAAUCCGGCUGAUCGACGUAGGUUCAGUGCGAAGACUGCGAAGGCCUGUAUCUUAGUGUUCCUCGCAUUAAUGGCUCUCUCUCCGAUCUUGAGGACGUUGACGGCUUCUACUUCGUCCGAUUCAAUCUGGGCCCUGUCGGCUUGUCUCUUCGUCGUCAACGCAGCUUUGGCGGACUAUAGCUCGGCUAGAUUGGGCGGGCGUGUUGAAGAAAGGUUGACCUCAGUCUUGUCGAUGAAUGCGGCGAUUUCUUCGGCCGUCGUACUGGCCUCGCGACUUCAAGACGAUCUGUCUGUGUUCGCCCUGACACUCUUCUCCAUCCAGCUUUUCGCGUUGUUUCCCAUACUUCGGCAUCGACUGCAGGCCACCCACAUCGUCAUCCAGGCCAUACUGACUCUGGCGAUUUCAUUUUUGUCGAUCUCAUUGAUGGCCCCGAUUUCAUUCAACGUGGCGAGCAUGUUUGCUUCCGUUCUCGUCUUUGUGACGUUUAUCGCACCAAUGAUUCUCGUCCGGGCCCAGAAGUUCAAGAACGAAAUACGGGGACCUUGGGAUGUUGCUACUCCAAAGGUCAAUUGA